CUGGGCAAAAAAUGCGCCAGCCCUCUUUUAAUUAAAUUGCAGUUUUAUCGAACUUUCGUUAAUAACCCUUUCAAGAUACAAAAAUUAAGUUCUAGCAACAUUGUGAUAUCUGUCGUUGCAUCGGGACAUGUUAAAUAUUACAUUACUUAGUUCUAAAUAUAAAAAAAAAAUAUUAUCUACUAUUUAGUGUACUCCGUAAUGGUGUUUGCGUACACAACCACUAAUAAAUAACAUAUAAUCAGUAAAAAAAGCGGCGAAAAUAAAGAGUAAUAAUUUAUUUAAGCUGACCGUAAUCAAUGCGUGUAAUGUUUGUGAGGAUGAUUGUUAUCAAAUCCAAGUGAAAUAAAAACUAAUCAUGUGGAUAAUAUGUAAUUUAAGUGAUUUUCAUCGUCCACUGUACCUGAUUUAAAUAAUUCUAUUUAAUAUAAGUGUAAAUAUUAACUUCAUAAGGCUAAAGUGGGUCAACAGUGAAAAAAGUUUUUAAACCAUAUUGAUUACAAUGAAUGAGAAAAAGUUGGUGCAGAAUUUUAAGAGUUACAUCAAUGUAUCGCCUUUGAAUAAUGGAGAAAAAAAUGGAUCUGUCCAGGAACUGAAACCGAAAGUUCUCAAUGGCGAGCUCGUGGUGGGUGCGGCGCACAGCGUCGUCAUGUUGCCGCCUCUCAGCGAGCGUGACCGUGGAAGAUUCGGCUCUCUGUUCGUUACCAACUACAAGCUGUCCUUCGUGCCGAUCGACAGCUCGAGCAACGAUUACGGUCAAAGAAAUCAACUAGUCGGUGCCUUCGACGUCCCGCUAACGGGUGUCGGUGCGCUGUGGCAGACGGAUGGUGGAGCCACGCGCCGCAGGAGACUUCUUCCACGGUCUGAUGUACCGUCCAAACUGAAGGGGCUUCAAGUGGUUUGUAAGAAUAUGAAAGUACUAACAUUCAACUUCGCGAACUCACCAAUCGGUAAUGGAAGGAAAGUCGCGAUGGCUCUACUACAUCACGCAUUCCCGAAACGACAUGACUUACUGUUCGCAUUCGAGUGCAGAGAACCUUACUACCCGACACUGCCCUCGGACCUAAACAUGUUUCAAAGACCAGGAGACUGGAAGAGAGAACUAGAGAGGUGCGAGUGUCCGCAUUGGAGAAUCACUUGUAUAAAUGGAACGUCAGACGCUUUCAUGCUUACAGCGGGCGAGACACUAAUAGUACCUGGAUCGGUACUGGAUUAUAAUUUAAUAGAAGCAGCGAGACACUUCCGAUCGGGAAGAGUGCCAAUCUGGGUGUGGGGGAGACCUGAGGGAGCAGCCUUACUGAGAAGCGGAGAGUUGCUGCCCACUGAACAGUCGGCCACUGCUGAAAGCGUUCUUUUAGAGCAGGUGCGCCGCUCGCACCCCAAGCUGACGCCGCCGCGCGUGCUGUACGUGUGCGGGGCGGCGGGCGCGGGGGCGGGGGCGGGCGCGGGGGCGGGGUCGGGGGCGGGCGCGCUCGGCCCUCUGCCGCCCCUCGCUGCGCUCGACGCCUCCUACAAGAAGCUGGCCGAGCUCUGCACGCCCACCUCCCUUGCCGGCUUCUGGACGCAGGACUCGCAGUACUACUCGUUCUUGGAGUCGAGUCGCUGGUUGCGACACGUGGCUGCCUGCCUCGCAUUCGCUGAAGAAGCGGCCGACCAGCUUGCCAGGAACGUCACUGUCGUAAUACAGGAGGGCGAUGGCGUGGACUACAGUGCGGUUGUAUCGUGUCUCACUCAGCUACUGCUGGACGCACACUUCAGAACCAUCGCCGGCUUCCAAUCACUCGUGCAAAAGGAGUGGCUCGCGCUCGGGCACCCCUUUUGCGACAGGCUAGGUCGUCCCCGACCAGGUUCCACUAAAGAAGAAACAGAAAAGGAGCCAUCAGCCCAAAUAGCGCCAGUCUUCCUUCUGUUUCUGGACUGCACUUGGCAGUUACAGCGACAGUUCCCUGCGGCCUUUCAAUUCACGGAAACCUACCUCACUACAUUAUGGGAUUGUACGCACAAUCAUCUGUUUGAUACAUUUCUGUUCAACUGUCCACGGGAUAGGGAACUUGCCGUGUCUAAGAACUUCGUUCAACGACCGCUAUGGGACUGGGAGGAACAGUUCUCAGAGCAGGAUAUAGCGCUGUUUUAUAAUCCACUGUUUGAACAACCGACACCUUCGUCUCGAUUGAUCGUGCCCGCAGCGCCGGCCGCGCUGGCGGCGCGCCUGCGGCCGUGCACGUCGCUGGCGGGCGCGGAGCUGUGGUCGCAGUGCUACGAGCGCUGGCUGCCGCCGCUGGACGCGCCGCGCGCCGGCCGCGUGCAGGCGCUGCUGCGGACCGCGGCGCUGCGCGCGCAGAUUCAAAAACUGAACGAGAAGCUGUCAUCACUGUCCAUACUGAGCCGCCAGUCGCGCGCGGACGAGCCGGGCGAGGCGGAGGCGCGCUCGGCGCCGGCCGCGGUGACGCGCUUCUACCCGUUCAGCGCGCGCGGGCGCUGCGAAGCGCUGGCGGGGCUGCAGCCGCCGCUGGGCCUGCAGCCGCCGCUGGCCGCCGACGACGGUCUGCUGCUGGACUCGCAGUCGCUGCUCACCGCGCCCGACUAG